AUGUCUUUUUGCAAGGCUUUCUGAGGUGUACUGAGAACAAAGCGUGGAAGAGAUGGUAACACCAUGCCUAGCUCUAACCUCUGUGUCUCUUCUCAGUGGGUUGUUCAGCCAGCGCUGAGAAUGCCUCACCCCGCGCCAUGUGGAACUUACGCAAAAUGAUGAAAUGCACCAUGCCCAACAGCCAUCCCUUGCUGCAAUAUGCUGACUAUGGCUGCUACUGUGGCUUGGGAGGCAGUGGGACCCCAGUGGAUGAGCUCGACAGAUGCUGUCAAGCACAUGAUCAAUGCUACUCAGAGGCAAUGAACUAUAAAGCAUGCAAAUUCAUCUUAGACAACCCCUACACAGAGUCGUACUCCUUCACUUGCUCUAAUAAGGAGGUUACAUGCAGCAGCAAGAACGACGAUUGCGAGGCUUUCAUCUGCAACUGCGACCGCGUCGCUGCUACGUGUUUCGCCAAGGCACCCUACAAUUCAGCGUACCACGGCCUGGACACUGACAAAUACUGCAAAUAGGCCCCGCGUUGACCCCCGGGCGGCAAGGGGCCUGCUGCUUUGUCACUCAAUAAAGAGCUCUCAACGCCUCCA